GAGGGAAGUUUACCUGCAGCACAAACAGAUGGAUGUGAAUAAUGUGGAGCAGGUCGAGUCCAGCUCUGACCAGGUGGAACAGCCACAACUCAGCAACCUCAAGUCACUCUGGACCACUCAGUGUGAUGGACAUACUGAACCUGUGGAAGGACGACCCGGAGGAGGUUCUCCUGGAUCUGGGCUUUGGCUGCGAUGAACCAGACCUCUCUGGACGCAUCCCAGCUCGAUUCAUCAAUCACCAGUCUCAGGCAAGAGGAAUAAAUCUCCAAGUGUUUCUGGAGGCCCAGAAGAGCCGACUGGACCUGGAGAACCCUGAUGUCAGCAAUCGUUUCAGACAGCUCGAGGUUCUCCAGCAGGUGACCACAGCGUUCUCCUCCUUGGUGGGUUCCCCACUAGGGAAAGCCCUGCCGCCCGAGGCCCAGGAGAGAAGGAGGCGCAUUGGCAAUCUGUUCAGGAGAGCAUCGAAGAAGUCCCUCAGCCAAAUCCACAAUGCUAAAACCCAGGACCUAGCUACACCUGCUCCCUCGCUGCAGACUCCACUCAGCCUCGGAGACACAAAAGUCCACGUAAAAAAAGCCAAACCAGGACUUCUGGAGACUGUGUGUCUGAGCCCUCUGGCAGAGGAGCAAGGCACUGGCCCAGACCUUCUGUCUUCUUCUUUGGUAGCCCAGGAGGGAGCAGCUAGACCCUGGCCCCAGAAGGAAGGACACCCCCUGACUGCUAAUGCCUUUUUACUGAGGAAGAGGAGCCCGGGGCAGGCCAGGGAGUCAUUUGAAAUGGAAGAGGCAAGUCUAACUGCAGCAGUUCAUCAAAGGCAACACCAACACUAUUAAAGCAGAGUGUAGGACUCUGUAGGACACACACUCUGAUAGAAGUACAAGUAAUAGUUAACCCUUUAUCGGGCGAAGAACUAUAUUUGGUACCUUCAGUGGAUAUCAGAAUGAGGUCCCCAUGUCUCUCUGUUUGGUUGUAGAACCACAUGGAUUUCUUCCAGCUAAUCAGCAAAGAUCAGGCACCAUGACAUCUGACCAAUCAGUAUGAUAAUAAUAUAAUAAUAUUCACUUUAUUCACCUGGACCUCCAAUGUAAAAAUGAAACAUUUAGAAGAAAAAAUCUGCAAGAAACAGUCGUACAAACAGAGUUAUUCU